CGCGCGCACGCCAGCACGAUGCUUAUAACCGUUUUGGUUUUAUCGUUAGCAUGCGCGAUCCUCGCUGAAAACGACACAAAUAUUGAUGACAAGGUCCUAAAAAGCUUAGCUGAUUUGAUAGAUGAGAAUAAAAGCUUGGAUGCCAGUGAUAUUGGUCGAUUGUACAGGGCUGCGCAAGCGCUGGGUUUAGAUAGAGAAUUGGUGAAUAAGUUAUCACAGGGGUUGAAUGGAUCUGAGAGAGUUAUACAUAAAGACGCUGGGUAUAACAUAUAUGCUGAUUCGGAAAAGGGACCUUUGGGUGAAUCUCCGGAUUAUGCAUCGUCAGUAGUUUUGGCGAGUGAUCUGCUUGCUUUGACAAGUGCGGUUGGUAAUGUUGGCGAUAAACUGUGUAGAGAGCAGGGAUAUAGGUUCCUGGAUGGUUUGCUGUCUAACAAACGAUGGGCUUUAAAAAUGUUCGACGCAUCAGCGAAGUCCCCACAAGGACUUCUUUUUGGUUCAUCCUAUCAUUUGGGUAACUUUGACGAGUGUAUGGAUAUAAAUGAAGCAGGAGAUGGGUUGACUGUUGAAGGACAAUAUUGCCUUGCGACUAUUAAAUGGAGAGAAGGAGAGGAAACUAAAAAGAUCCGCACUGGUCGGGGUGAGAGCCUACGUUGGGCAGUCUGUGUACCAAGUGUAUGCGAUGCGCGCUCAGUUGAGCGAUUUGUUGGCGGUGUCCUGAAACAUUCCGUUGGAAAUACAACCAGAGUAGAAGUCAUUGAUAAGGAUUGCUAUACAAGAAGACCGUUGAGUGUUAAUAAGCUUGAUAUUAUAUUUCUUGUUAUCAUAAUUUUUUUUGGCGUUAUACUUACGUUCACCACUAUAUAUGAGAUAUAUGCUAUACGACACAACAAAAAGGGAGGUACGGCGCAUGAUCUCAUUGUGUCCUUUUCACUCAUCAAUAAUAUGAAAAAAAUUCUUUCGACAAAGCAGAAUAAUAGUCUGGGACUGGAAUGCGUCACUGGAAUGAGGGCAUUGGCCAUGAUUUUUAUAGUAGCAGGUCACGCCUGUUUAUUUAUCGGAAGUGGCCCAGUCAUGGACGCCAAAGCCUGGGAUAGGUUAAUCCAGGAUCCAUUAAACUCGUUUAUGUUGAAUAAUGCGCUUUUAGUGGACACCUUCCUCUUCCUUAGUGCUUUUCUCUUUAGCCGUUUAUUACUGAUUGAGUUGGACAAACGCAGAGGAAGGCUAAAUUUUAUACCAAUAUUGGUUUUCCGAUAUAUAAGGGUUACACCAGCGUACUUAGUCGUCAUUCUGUUCUACAUGACAUGGUUACCAAAAAUUGGUGAGGGUCCUCUCUGGGGCAACAGAAUACAACUAGAGCAAGAGCGGUGCAUGGAUACUUGGUGGGCCAAUAUAUUGUAUGUCAGUAAUUACGUGAUGACAGAUCGUAUGUGUAUGUUCCAGUCCUGGUACUUAUCAGUUGACACUCAAAUGUUCUUCGUGGCUCCCAUAUUCAUUUACAGUAUGUGGCAUUGGAGAAGAUUUGGUUCUGCCUUAAUUGCGGUGGCAAUUAUAGCAUCUCUCGUUAUACCAUCAGCAAUCACAUACAAAGAUCAUUUAGAUCCAACCAUUUUGUUUUAUGCUAAAGAAUUCACGGACUUCGACACAAACUUCUACUUCGUGGAAGCGUAUAUUAGAACACAUAUGAAGAUGACCCCUUACUUCAUGGGACUGCUCACUGGAUAUAUUCUCCAUAGAAUUCAAUCAGAAAAUUAUCAAUUCUCAAACCUCCUAAAAAUUUUCGGCUGGAGUACCAGCGUAAUUUUGGGCACUGUGACCACCUUCUCCGUGAGCCUGUUCUACCAGGACUGGUACGAGUACAGCACAAUAGAAGCCGCGGCAUACAUAUCUUUACACAAAUUUGCAUGGAGCAUCGCCAAUGGCUGGCUUAUUAUUGCUUGCGCUACCGGAAAUGGAGGCGUUUUAGGAAAGCUUUUAGCGUGGAGAUUUUUAGUGCCAAUAUCAAAGUUAACAUUUUGCGCUUACCUAGUCAAUGGCGUCGUGGAGUUGUACUACGUGGGACAGUUGCGACAUCCUCUGCAUAUAACCUUCUUUACAAUAGCGGCGAAUGCAAUCUCCCAUUUGGUAUUAACAUUUUUCCUUGCCCUGAUACUGUGUAUCAUGUUUGAGUCACCAUUACACGGCAUCGAGAAGAUACUAUUGCGGAGAUUUGCUCGUCCAGUCCUUAGUGACAACGCAACGAGAAAGACUGAAGACGAAUUAUCACGUAAUACUAGUCAAACUAGGUUAGACACGUAGCACUAAUUGUAUUAGAAUAAGUACAUUAAGACAGGUAAAAGAAAAGGAAAGAAUAUAUUAUAUUCUAAGGAAAAAGUCAUGACAGAACGAUUUUUAACGCUCUUGAUUCUUUUAAGUCUGUCAAAAAUAACUUUUAAGUGGAAUGAAGAAGUGGCCCGAAAUUUUAAAAACAGUAGCCAUAGGUAGUAUCUAAGCAAAGCUUUAGAUUUUACUUUAAAGUAAAUUAUUUCUAAAAUGGUUAAAUUUUGGAAUCGUUCUUAUUAUAAAAGCUGGUCUUUCUAUUAGUAGCUUUUUUAAAUUAUCUCGUAUUACUUGACGAUGUUUGGAAGUAAUAAAGUGUUUAUAAAACGACUGUGGUAGUUAGUAGCUAGGAUUUUAGGAAAUUAUUUGCAAAUUUAAAACUGAGGAUCCGUCAGUAACAAUGUGUUGCAAUACAAUAAUAACAUAUUACUUAGAAAUACGCUUUAAAUAAUUUAAUUGUUAAUACAAAAUUACCUAAUUUAAAAUAAAAACAUUUUCAAAUUAGGAAUGAUUUAAAAAUGUGUCAAACAAUUAAUUGAGGUCUAAAGUAAGGUAGUCAAUAGCAGUUUACAAUAUCACUUUUAGUCUUGGUGUAUUCUCUUAAUGUUCUGUUGUAUGUCAUUCGUAAAACGAAAGAGAAUAUGAGAAAGCGUGUUACUUUACCGUAACGUUUAUUUUUAAACUCGGAGUAUUGUUAAUAUAACGUUGUAAAUAUUGCUCAAUUCUAUAGCAAUUAAAUAUUUUUAUUUUUA